UAAUGCUUAAUGUAGCAGAUCAUGUAGGUUUGAUUAUCGUGCAGUACUGAAUCCUUACUUUUUAUUGACGGUAACAAAAUUCUGCAAAAAAAUGGAGAAAUGCAAAAGCUUUUAUGAAAAGCAUGAAGGAUGUGUAGGCGGAGCAUUUGAAAAAUUUGGUGGUUUUGUCUCGAGGCAUCCAAUAAAAAUACUCAUUAUUUGCAUAGUUGUAAAUCUUGCUCUUUUGAUUGGUAUAAAAAAUUUAUCUGUUGAAAAUGAUAUUGAGAUUUUGUACACACCAGAGAACAGUCAGGCAUUCAAAGACCGAGAUUUUUUGAAAAAUGUCUAUUCUGAUCCAACAACAAGUAAUUUCCAGUCUUAUCAACUAGCGACAUAUGGGAGAUAUGCAGACAUUAUGAUUAUUUCAAGGGAUAAAUUAAAUAUUAUGAACCAAACUUUUAUUGAUGAAAUGAAUAAUGUUGAUAGAUACAUCCAAACUUCAAUAAAUUUUACGGAUGUGAGUGGCUUGUCUUACAAAUACCCUGAAAUAUGUGCAUUGGACAAUACUGGAUGCCACAUUCGUGGUAGCACCAUUCUGAAGGCAAAUUUCCAGAAAGAGUUUGUCUCUGGAAAUGUAUCUUUUCCCUAUUUCAACUCUCACCUGAUUUCUUCUCAUUUUGCAAAGGCUGAAGAUAAAGAUGGAAAACUUGUAUCAACAAUUGGGGUAAAAUUGCGAUAUUACCUCAGACAAAAUACAUCAGUGUCUAAAAAGUGGGAAAGAACAUAUUUAAAAUGCAUUUCUCAAUUGAAAACGAACAACACCGACAUAGCUUUUGCAACUUCAGAUUCACUAGGAAGAGAACUUAACAAAAAUGUAAAUGGUGAUGUGAAGUAUUUCAUUAUAACAUUUACAUUGAUGAUGACUUACGCUUGUCUGGCUUCAGGAUCAUCGAAAUUGAAUAACAUUGGAAACAGAGCAAAUUUAGGAAUAGCAGGAGUGAUAACCCCAGUCUUAGGGAUUGGGUCUGCUCUUGGAUUUCUAAGUGCAGUCGGAGUCAAAUUUACAAGUAUUGUCGGUGUAAUGCCGUUUUUAAUCGUUGGAAUAGGCAUUGAUGACAUGUUUAUAUUGAUGUCUGGGAUGGCAGAUGCACCACCACUGAAAACUGCAUCAGUAGAGAAAAGGAUGGAAUACAUGUUGAAAAAAUCUGGAAUAACCAUUACAAUUACAUCCAUAACAGACCUGCUGGCGUUUUUAAUUGGUGCAACUUCUGUCUUCAUUAGCAUUAGAAAUUUCUGUAUUUAUACAGGUGUUGCUGUAUUGUUCUGCUAUCUCAAUCAAUUAUUUUUCUUUUCCCCGGCAAUUUGCCUGAAUGAGAUUAGGACGAAACAAAAGAGACAUUACUGUUUGUGUUGUUUAAAAUUAAAUUCGGAAGAAACAGAUGGGGAUGAGCAGAAAAAGAAUUGUUCCUCUGGUAGCAUCCCGGAGAAACGAGAGGAUGUGGAGAGUUUCCUGGAAAAAUAUCCGAAACAAAUUGCUAUCAAAUUAUUAUCAUAUAGUGCAGGAAAAAUUGCCAUAUGCAUUUCAUUUGCAAUAUAUUUAAGCUUGUCUAUUUACGGGACAGUAAAUUUUGAGCAAGGUUUGAGUACGUUUAAUUUAGUUGCGGAAGAUUCUUAUUUUCAUAAGUACAGCAAAUGGGAGGAAGAGUAUUUCAGAGCUGAUCCACCAAUAACAUUGUGUAUAAAACAGGAAGAAAAUUAUUCACUUAAAUCAACCCAAAACAUUAUUAUGAAUAUAUUGGCCAAAGCUAAGAAAUGUUCGGGUAUAGAUGGAAACUUUGAAAUUAAUUGGCUAAAACAAUAUCAGCUAUCUCCCUUUUAUAGUAAUAAAUCUGAGUCACAAUUUGUAAAUGGUCUGCGUACAUUUUUAAGCUAUGCAAAAAUAUUUUCAAAUGAUAUAGUUUUUGAUGCAAGUGGAACUAAAAUUCUGUCUUCAAAAUUUUAUUUAAAAGCCAAGGAUUUAAAAACUACUGAUUCUCGAGGGUCUUUAAUGCUUCAACUCCGAGCGAUAUCAAAGAAUGGUAGAAUCUCCUGUUUUUUCUAUGCGCCAGCUUUUAUUUUUUAUGAACAGUACGUCCAGAUAAUGCCAAGUACUUUAAAAACUGUGGGCAUAGCCAUUGUUGCCAUGUUGGUUGUAACAUCCUUGCUAAUGCCAAAACCUAUAAUUGUAAUCAUUGUAGCUCUAAAUCUAAUCAGCAUUCUCCUUGGUGUUGUUGGUUUCAUGUACUACUGGAAUCUUACAUUGAGUUCAAUCACAAUGAUCCAUCUCGUUAUGAGUGUUGGAUUUUCAGUGGAUUUUAGUGUACAUGUUUCUCAUGCAUUUUUAUCUGUCCGACUGGAGGAGGAUGUAAUUAAAAAAGCUCUUGAUAAGUCUGGAGGACCUGUAAUUAAUGCGGCUUUGUCGUCUUUGCUUGGAAUCUCAAUGUUAGCUUUUUCCAACAGCUACGUGUUUGUCUCUUUUGGAAAAGUUAUGUUUCUAGUUGUUAUUAUAGGAUUACUUCAUGCAGUUUUUUUUCUGCCCCUUGUUUUAUACAUAAUAACCAUUUCAGGUAGUAAAACACAACAUUCUUCAAAAAAAGUAGAUGAAAUGGAAUGUGAAGCAUUUAAAAAGAAUGAAAAAGUAUAAAUAAGGGUAAGAUUUAAAAUUUAAAAGGUAAAUGUGGUGCCCAUCCUAAUUUGUAAUCGUGCAAAAGUAUAUACAGGAAGAAUUAUUUUUACACAAAUGCUUGUAGAAUUUUAGCAACUUUUGCUCUAUGCCAUGUAAAAAUUAGUUGAAUGAAGAUUAUGUCCGUUUUUUAGCUCUACUGAUCAGAGACCAGAAGAGCAUAUGCGAUAGUAGUAUGUCCGUCGUCCGUCCGUCUAUCUGUAUCAAUUUUUCGAAAUGCUACUCGUCCUACAGUUUUGGUCUGAUUCCAAUAUAACUUGGCACACAAGUAGGCUACACAUGAAUUCAAUAUAUUGUUUUUUUAUUUCGAUAAACGGUUUUACCAUGGUUACUAAGAAUAGAAAUUUCUGUAAAAUAUCUCAGAAGACUUCCUCUACAGUUUUAGUCUGAUUGCAAUAAAUCUUGCUACAAAAAGAGACUUGACCAAGGAUCAUUAUUCUGUUUAUUGCUGUUCCAAAGUUUGGAGUCCUAUGCUACUUUUUCUCUUCCUUUAUGAUAAGUACAAACCAGUAGAGCUACAGUCUCAUCAGAGACAUCUGGUAUUUAUUUAAACAAAUGCUUCUGCCUAUGCUGUACAUUAAAAAUCUGUUUAUGUCAAAUUCAAACAGAAAUCUAGAACUAUAUGUAUAUAUUCAAUUACGUUUUGUAUUCAAAUCCAAUGUCACAUUGCAGUUCAACGAGUUCAAUUUACUGCAAGACUUUCUGAUGAAAGUUUGAACUCGUAAGUGUACUGAAAAAAUUGCCGGUGUUCUACUAUUGCACCAACUUCAAAAUCACAAGAGUAGUUAUUUCUGACGGUUUUCCAAAGUUUUUUUUUCAUAGUUUUGUGUACCAGGAUAUAGGAUAAAUAAUUUUUAAUUAAAAAUUAAAAGGCAAAAACCCCAAAUUUGUACAUAUAUGUAUGUAUAUUUUUUUUAAAUAAAAGUCUAUCAGGCAUGCUAAACCUCAACCAUUACUAAUUUUAUCAUAAUUAAUUUAUCACUGACCAGCACAAUAAUCAAACUCCUGUAAGGCUCUCUAAAAAUUAUACUUGUAACUAAAAAUUUCUUCGAAUAUAGAAUAAAUGAAGAAAGUUGAAUCAAAAUAUCUACAUGUAUUUCAUAUUUAAUAGACGGAAGACUAGCAGUGUGAAUUGAGCUACCCUUGAUGAAAUGUGUGUACAGGUAAUUUAUUUUUCUUGAUUUGUCAACCCCCAUUCAAUCACAAAUUAUACUAUGCGUAUGCACGAGAGAAACAAAGUAAAUUACCUGUACAUCUGAUGAUAUUCUGGGAAUUCAGCAACUUAAACAGAUUUAUUGCUUAUGUCUAUGUAGUUUUGUUUGUUUAAAAAGUUUCGAAAUGGUAGUACUACUUGUAGUGUACAUGUUUAUUACUGUACAAUGCAGUGUCAAGAAGGAAACCGAUUUAGCUGUCUGAAAAACCCUGCAUGUUCCUCUAGGAAUAUAAAUUACUGGUAUUAUUAUUUGAUGCGAUAUUUCCCUACGCAAUAGUUUAUUUGUUCAGAAAAACCUAAACGAGAAAGUAUAUUUUUGACUAUCUCUGGGACAUCUCUGUAUUCUUUAAAAAUAUGAUUUAAAAAAAAAAAAUAAAACACUCCUAACGCAUUUCGAAUUCGUGGAGAGAAGACCCAAAUAAAAGAAAAAAAUACAGACACGAAUUUUGCAUUAAUUUCCUCGCAUGACUAUACUCAAAUACAUAUUCUGUUCAAACCAAGUAUGGUACAUUCAGGCUAUUUCAUAAAUACCUAGAACGUGUUCUAGUCAAUGACUAGAUUAUGAAAAAUCUGUAUAAAUCACAUAUGAUUUUUUUUUCUCUUGCGUGCCCGGAGUCUUGCCGAAUUCCUACAAAUUUUGAACACAGAACGAUCGGAUGACUCCAUAGUAUAGUUCGAUAAUAUUUAGCGAUGUACAUUCUUAAUACCUCCAUUUAUGACACAAUCUAAAAUUAUCUAAAAUUGGAGAGAGAAAAAUGAUAGUUUUUUGGUGCUAGGAGUUAUUGAAUUUGCACAUAAAUUCCGCUCACCUCUAUUUCCAAUUGCUAUUAUUGCAACAGAUGAAAAACAACACCAAAUCUAGUCAAGUAUUAAAGUAAGUUGCUUCAUUAAAGAUUAAAAAAAAAAAACGGUUUAAAAUGAACUUGAUAUUACAUGUUUUUUCUGUUGGAUUUUUUCCCCCCUUAUUUUAAUGUCUUGCUUACCGGUGAUUGAAAUCAGUUUUGUCAAAAGGUCGUUAUGUUUAUUGAUAUAUGUAUUUUUUAUCUGUUUUUGAAAGCUUAAUAAAAUGUUUGUUACACUGAG